AUGGCCACGUACAAAAAACAGAAGGCGGCCGGCGGAGGGACGAGGGCAGGGCGGGGACAGCUGUGUUCGUGGACCCUUGGCCAUUCGAAGUGGCCGGGUUCCGGCGUUUGGAACGCGGGAGCACGGGCCAGAGGGUUGAAACUGCGGCCACGAAACAGCCGAGACGCCGUUUGGGCAAAGGGCCGGCGGAUCGAGCCAGGCUCCGAAUGGACCGCACUGCCACCGUUUCGAGCGACGUUCCACUCCACAGUUGUAUCACACCGAGCGGCCUGUGUCCGGCACGGCCAUCACGUCCAAGGACAAUGGGUGGUCAAGGGGGAGGCGGUAAGGCGUGGCAUGGCAUCUUGUCAUGCCUUCCGGGCGCCAUCUAGAAAAACAACAGAUUGCCGUCCACUACAUAUCUUGCAUCCCGUUCGGCCAGUCUGGUGGGAGUUUUUAUGCAGGCCAUAAUCCUGCCUUCGGUCACUCGCCAAGCCCGUUUUACGGUGUAAUUGAAGGGGGAUCUUGGCCGUCUGCUGCUCGAGUGUGAAGACCGACGCUCAACUCCCCAGGGUAUCCAACUCUGGUCCCCAUGCCCUUUCUUUUCUCUGGGGUACCCUCUCAAUUUUCGACCUUUCUGGUUCUGAAUUAGCAUCCACGCAAAAUGGACAGCUGGAAGGGCGGAAGGGAUGGAGAGAGGGCGGCCGGGGACUGGUCGAAACUGUGUCCAAACUGUAAACAACUCGAGAGUGCGCGAAUCCGACAUCUCUUGUUUUUGCUUUUGCCGCUUUCGUGGCUAUGGCAGACGCGCGGCCGAAGGGCGGCUGUCUUCCAUAAAUUCGCGCGCCACUUGCCCGAUCUCAAUCGCUUCAAAUGUCAGGGAUCUUAAAGGGCAACGCUUUCAUCCCGACCAUCUUUUCCUGGCUUCUUUAGGAUGACCUUCUGAGAAAAUAAUUGAGAUCGAGACUUGACUCUUGGAGGGGAACAGCUGUCUCAAUUCAAGGUGUUUUUAGUGAAGUCUGUACAAACCGUAGCCAAACAUUUACAGUAUGCUUUGAAGUGCACCAAUGAUUUGUCUUCUAACCCAGUGUAACUUGUCUUUUCCUGACAUUAUUUGGACGUUCCCUGAUACGAAUGCUGGACAUGUCUUAGUGUUUUCCGUUUAAUGCUUGAUGCGUUUGCCAAUUGAUGGGAUUACAUUGUUAACCGCGUUCUCCCUCUAAUCCUUGUUUUGUUUGUGGACAUUGUCGUAGAGGUAUCGUUUCAGGGAAUGUCGAUGUGAUUUGGAGUCGGACUUAGAGCCUUGACUCUGUCGUGUGAAACGUGAAAAGCCCGGAGAGAAAGUUUUGUCCUCGGGCGUCGUCUCCCGCGGGAUUAGAACUCAUCAGAACGGCCACGGAACGGCCCAAAACAAGGGACCGAAUGGCACUAUAAAUUUCACAACACGCUGGUCAUUACCAUUCUAUGGUUGGCUGUUCUCUCGGUACGUGACCUCCUUGAGAAGCCACGCCCUUAGGGCUUGUCUUUCGAAAUCCCGUUGGGUUGUUUUUUGGACCGAAAUAGAAGUAAAUGGGCAUGAUCUGUUUUUGGAAAAGUAGGAAAAGAGGGGUUUUUAAAAGUAAUAUGGAUCUCAUACAGCUAAUGUCUUUUGCGAUAUCGCUUUAUACAGUCGGCUAGCAAAAUAUUUCAAUAUUGAAACACUUUCCGAUUUGUAUUUAUCAACGUCGUCCGAUCAGCUUUGUUCCCACCCAUACCAACCUUACAAUACUUAUGAUGCUAUCUGCUUAAUGACCAGCAGAUCUCAUGUACUGCGGCCAUAAGGGACGGCUCCAUAAUGGGCCGUGAGGUCUAUGGGCAUGGCGUGUCGUUUCUUUCCCUUAAUGGAUGCACUGUUCCUGUCAGAUAAGGACGGGACAGGUUGGGUCGGGACUGGAUGCAUUUGUCAUGAAUUGCGUGAUGAUGGAGCACUAAUCGUUUUGCACCGUGCUCUAAACGGAGACUUUUUGGUGCCCGCUUUUCGGUCCGCGAGGCCAUUUUGUGGCGUUUGAUGGAGGAAAAGUUCUUGAGAUGGGUUUUGUGGGAGUGUGACGUUCUUUUGGACUAAACAGUGAUGUGUAAAACAUAGUUUAAGAUCUUCCAAGACUGGUCAAGCCAUUCAAAACCAGCCACACGGUGAUAACGUCUUCCUCGAAGAAGCGGCGUUCGAAUCCAGAGAACCUAGCGAGCCCUCUCAAGGACUGUCCGCGAUUUGUGCCGCGUUUUGACGGCAAUCUUAUGGCCUCAAAGUGGAUAGGACCAGAUGCCCGGUUCGCGCGCGGUUUUUUGCGUCCGCAUCUGCCAUUCAUUCCAUGCGAUGCACGUCCUCGGACUGUUGCGCAAGACAUUAUGUACAGAUGUGUUAUAAAUGAAGCAAGGGACUGACCUUUCCGCGGAAAUUGGUGAUGGUCAAAACGUCGGAAGGAGAGGAUAGAUGGGCACGACUGUCGUUGCGUUUCGGCUGUCUUACAGUAUGCAAAAGUUGAUUUGUUAUAUAUUUACAAGCUGCUCGAUUAGUUUACCUUUUUAUUCCUUGUGUCUGCAGUUACACCCGCAUCUUUUUUUUCUCCAAAAUUCAAGAUAUAAGGGGGAAUUGUAGUCACGUCUCUUAAUGUCCCUAAUGUUUGAGAAUAGAUUUUUUAUGUCUUCAAAUAUCGUGCAACCCUCUAAUACUUAAUGCCUGUUUUUGUAGCGUGCGGUAAAUCCCGUCAUGCCCUUACGUGAGGAUAUAUUUAGGGAGUUGCGAAACAACAAUUUGUAGACAUCACAACAAAAGUCAAGAAAGCUACAGUAUAUUUGAAAAUGAGCAUUUUUUUCGGAUCUCACAGGGUUCGAAUUUGCAAAACCUCCUAAACGGCGCCAACUAUUGUUUUUGCGAUGUGAGCAAAAGUUUUUGCAUUUACCAUUCGGCCAUCCGAGCGUGCCGCGCCUUUCCCUUCAAAAUAAUUUUUCUGAUCGGGACGCGAUCCAAAAAACGUCGUUAGCAUGCUUCCAUUCACCGUGACGCCCUCCAAAUUUUUGCGCGUUUUUUUUGCCCGAGGUUUCUUUUUUUGGGGACGCGACUCCGGCGACUCGAAUUGGGGCUGGCUUCGGCGCUGUUUUUCAUCGCUGGGGCCAUUCGCUGGUCGCGUUUUUAUGUCACACGCGUCCAGAAGAAGAGGUUCAUUCCCUGCCGCUGCCCGUCCCAAAAACGGCGUUCUUCCCAUCAAUUCCUGACAUCAGACCCUAAAUUCACGAGUUUUUGUAAGAGGGUUACUGUAGAUUUGAGGACAUUGUUUUGUGAUAUUAAUGUCGGUCGUGAAUGGAAAAUGAGCUGGAGAGACGGAAGGACCAGAACCCUGCAGUUUUCACCAUCCCAUCAAACCUUGCCCGAGAUAUCCUUUAGGUGGAUCUUCAUAAUAGAGCAAUCCUCUUUUAUUACGUACAGGGAAUGCUGCAGAUUCCUAACUUUUUAAGAUACAUAUAAAUAAUACGUCAUAGUAAUUGACAUCUCCAAUGUUUUUUCAAAUUCAAAUAAAUGGCGCGUCUAAAUUAACGCGCGAUUCAUUUUUCGAACCGGGGGCAAUUUUUCAGAGGUUCCAAGGAAAUGUUUUUGUCGCGUCUCUUUCAAAAAUUGUUGACAACCAGCCCAUCAGAUGAACGAGUUCCAAAAAAAGAGCGACGAGGUCGUUCCGAGGCCAAAAGCGAGGGGGGGGCGCUUGGAACGGUGCUAUUAGACGUGCCGUUCCCUCCAAAAAAGUGGACGGGGCGGGACGGACGGGCGCGGACAUUGGGCAGGUGUCCGUUCGAAUGGCCUCCGGGCAGGUGGAUCCUCCUUCUCUUUCCUCCAGGAAUGGAGCACCGCAAUGUGACAGAGGAUGCCCUUUAAUAUCCUAGCCCCUCAUAUCUCCCACGCUAAGCUGCUUAUUAAGUGGGGGUCCUUUAACCCGGAGCGGGUAAAUGCUCGAAAUAAAAACAUUUCAAACUUGAACCCUUUUGUUUACAGUCCCUUCAACAGAAAUCUCGUACUCUCGAUUUUUUGGAGAUUUUCGCUGAGAACUUUCACUCACAAAAAACGUGCACAGAAUAGCGGUCAUUUUUGUUUGUAAAGCGCCGCAGGGCAGGUGAGUGGAAGGGGGAGGGGAGGGGGGCGAGAAGAGGACGGCCCGAGAGAGUUUGUGUUUUUUGUGCGGAGAAAGUUUUUGAGACUGACCGCCGCUAUGUUUGUUUUGUUCUGACCCCACCGACGUUAAGGAGAGGCCCUGAGGGCGCGAUCGUGUCGCACUCCAAAAAUAACCCACCGCUCGCAAAAAACAGAGUGUAAGGGCGGGACGAGGUGGUCUGCUGGUCACGCUCGGCCGCCGUUUUGUUUGUUUCAGCGACCGCAGCACCCGCCUGGAACGUCAAAAAAAGUCGAGAGCGCGGCGACCUCUGGCCUCCUCCUCCUCUCGCGCGCGCGACCCACUGACCAGUGCGACGUUUUGGUCGUCUUCAGGCGAUUGAGCGGUUUUUUCGUCCAUUCUCCCGACAAUCGCUCGGCGAGACGUUGAUGCGUUUUUUGAGUCUAAAAUUAGAAACUGGCCAGCGCUGACAGAAGGGUCAUCGACACAGGGAUGGCCUCGGGAACUCUGCGCUAACCAUUUGGGGAUCGUUACGAGCAGAUGGUCGAGACGAUCUGCCGGCGGGCAAUUCCGGCCCUAAUGGACAUUGGGUUGCGUGCCAGAUCCAGUUUCGGGUAGAUUCCUUCUGCCCUUCCUCACGUUUUGAUUACUCAUCCCGUCUGCAAUUGCUUUUUUUCCAACUUUUGCCAAUUCUCGUGUCUGUUUUUGAGUGAUGGAACGCGGAGGGCGGGGGGAGGGUCAACGGCAUCCACGAACCCAGGAGCGCGCGACAGCUGUGUUCCACUGUGGUUGGGCCUUUUCUUGCCCUGCAAUGUUUUGCGGCCUCGGAUCGGCGCGACCGACGUCUGCCUAGCGAUUUGGGCACUGCCUUCUUUGCGUAAUCGCGUUUUUUUGCACGCGCUGGCCGUUUGUCUUGUGGUCCGCGGUUGGCAGCGUCUCCCGGUCAUUUCGGCAAUGGCAAGCGGCCUUCGGAUGUUUCGAUUGGCAGUCCUAGAAGCGUUCUAUGCAUCCUUAACUCUCAAAGGGACUUUCUAAUCUUGUUUUCAACUCUAACCUUUGGGAUGAUGUCUAAUCAAUCCAUCCCUGUUUUUGUCGUGGAACAGCGAUGAUAAGAUUGCGUGUCUGAUUGUGUGAAUCCCCGCUUCCGAACGCAUUUCCAAGUUGGUCGUUCCUUUCUUCUUUUCGCCCCCCGAUGACACGUCGUCGCGCGAGCGUUCCAUCACGCUCCGAAUGCGGCAAUGCACGGUCGGAUGCGUGACCUCAUUCCUUUGCGCGCGAGCGUCGUGUUCAGCCUGGGCGCACUUUUCCCUACCUUUUCGACUCUCCCCCUUUUGGGGAAAACUUUGGAAACCCGUGCACGGUGCGGCGAUGCGCGGCGUGAUGGGGUCAAUCCUUGGAAAAAACAUCCGACGACAACGUCGCCCCAGUUUCGGAUGGGAUGGGCGCUUGAAUGGGUCGUCUGCUCCGCUUUCCGUCUUCUGGACCUGAGGGCAUCUGGGUCAUCGCGUUCGCAAUUGCGUUGAGGUGAAAUUGGAUUGAUCUUCCUGACUUUUCGAUGUAGCGUUGUCCAGCAUUUUCUUCGGCCACAGUACUUCACAGGAUUUUUUUGAAAUUGGAUUUGUCAUUUUGGAGCUUAUUUUUUUAAUGUUUUUUGAUUUUCACUAUUUUUCGAUCACUCAAGCGCUUUACAACGUCAAAAUUCGUAAACUUAUACUUUAUGGAUCCAUUUUAAUAUCAGUGAAAUCCUUUCGAGGCUGGAUCGUGACCUCACCCUCGAGCACCGUCCCUUCCAUUGCCCUCGCUCAUGUUUCACCCGCGGCCACAUUUUUUUGCGAUUGGAAACGUCACGCUUUUGUCGCGUCGCGUGGUGGCGGCCUGCGCCUUUCCCCUGCCCUCAGGUCGCGUCACCUUUCUGUGUCAGAGUUCGUCAGACUUUUUUUGGCGGGCGAUUCGGUGAGAGGCAGUGAAAGCGGGCGGCGACCCGCGACACCAAAAAACUGAAAGCGACGCAAUCGACCGCGACGUGAGACGAAUGCGUCGGGAGGGAAGCACAAUGCACGUCCCAGCGAGAGAAAGCGAGAGCCCACGCCGAACGGGGAGACGGGCAGAGAGGGCGAGAGACGAGGCCGGCUGGGCAUUGGUCACUCCAGGCUUUUCGGCGCGAUGUUUUUCCGUUCGCGCGUGUUUUUUUUAUGGAACCGGGUGAGGACGCGACUGGCCUUCGCAAUCAUUUGAUUCCUUAUCUGUUUUACGAAUUUCGGACGAACACGCUACGAGUUUUUUUCCGUUAAUGUUACGUAACCCCGGAAGAUUUUGCAUCUUUCAAAUCGCGGUUUUAUUUAUUGAAAUGACUUGCGAUUUUCAGAUCACCUUCCCUUCUUUGAGAUUCAUGUUGGAAAACAUGACUGCUGAGUCCGAGGUGCCACCGGAGGUUCGAUUGGAGCCAUCCGAAUCCUCGUCGGCCUCCUCGUUAUCACCGCCAAAUCAAUUCGCCUUCACGUUGCAACCGAGUAACGAGAAACUCAAUGAACUCAACAAGUCUUUCAACGAAUCCAAACCAUUUGUGGACAUUAAAUCCGAGUCCUCGGAUUCCGUUGAAAUUCCGAAUGACACUCCUUUGGAUGCACCAAUCCAUGAAGUUCGGUGCGGAACCUUGAAUGCAAAGUUGCACAUGCAGAGAUUCACUUGUCCCGGCAUCCAUCGACGCUGCAUCGAGUUCAAUGGACUCAUGAUUACACCUCGAGAAUUCACAAUAAAAGCCGAGAAAGACAAACAGAAAGAUUGGAAGGGAUCGAUCAGAUUCGGCCGGUAUAAUCUGAGGACCAUGAUGGAGACGAAAGGUUUAGACUUCUACCAUCAUGACACCAACUGCAGUCUCAAAUGCCAAAGUAGAAAUUACAUCAAGAACAGGAAGUCUGAAGCUAUGGAAUCUGGAUUCUCAUUGCUGGAUUCAAUGGUGUCCAGUGCUGAAAGUAGGACUAGUUCCAACAAUGGAGAUCAUAAUGACGAGAACGGGUAAGGUUUUAUCAUAAAUUAUCGUUGUUUUAAUAUAAGGCGUUAAGGAAAAACAUUGUAAUUGUUUAUUUUCCAGUGACCAUCUCCGAAAAAGGUCAUCCGUGCUCGAGGAUUAUGUCAGUCAGACUAUACAGUCAUUGAAUGGGAACUCGUUGUCUCGCCUCAUGAAAGAAGAAGCCCAAAUCAAACCAGAGGACACCUUCUCCUUCCCCAACACCAAUUCCACUACAACCUCGGUCUCCUCUCCUCCCACACAACCUCUGCUUCAACAAGAAUUCGUCCAGCAGCCUCAACAGGACGUUAAUCUUCUUCUCCAUCAACUUCUAGAACAACAGAAACUUGUCCAACAACAGCCUCUUCCCCAACAGCAACUCCUCCAAUCUCUGAUGCAGACCGUUCAGAAGUCGCAGAACCCACAAGAUACUAAUGCUUUGCUGCAGAUGGCGGCUGUAGCUCUGCAAAUGAAUAAUCAGCAACAUCAGAUGCAACAACAACAACUCAUGCCCGGGAACUUUAACAUCCUUGAGCAAUGUUUGAUUAAUCAAGGGAUUAAUCAGCUGAAUAAUAACGGAUCUACCUUCCCAAUGGUUCAACAAGCCCAAUUGCCAUAUCUGAAUGAGAAUACGUUCAGCGUCGCUUCGAUCAGAAAGGUGAUGGAAGAAGAACCUCAGUUGUUUUGGUCCAAAAUGAAAGAUCUUGGAUGUCUGGAUGAGAUGCUGGAUUCCAUCUCGCUAGCUGUUGAUAGAUUACGAUCUCUUUACAGUAAGAGGGAAUCCACAAGCAGUGAAGAAGAGUUUGGUAUGUCGAAAGGACUGAAUCUUAAUCUUUUUUUUAGCAGCUCGAAGACUGUCCGGCAUGGCCAAUCUCUUGGAUCUUGGAGGUGUUUUCGGUGAGAAAUUACAAGCCCGGUUCAUGCAAUCUGCUUUCGAAGCGCCAGUAGUGAAUAAAGAUGUACAAAGUGAGUAGAGGAUGCCGUUAAAAAUCAAAAUUCCGUCUAAUCUGAAGACUUAUAUUUGCCGUUUCAGUGGUCCUCGCACUUCAACAAGCGGCAAAACGCCACUCCCAAGCCUUCGAAGACUUGAAGCCGGACUUGAAGAAAAUAAGGAUGGUCUAG